GUGUGUGUGUGUGUGUGUGUUUUCAAUGCUGUUGUGGUGAAUCCGAUGAUCCUGACCACCUAAUGAUGGUCAUAAACAUACUGUACCCUCAUGAAUUAUGGAGCUACACUGCAUCAGACAGUAUGUAUCAUUAUGUACCAGAUACUAUGGAUUCUGCACAGUGCACCAACACACGCAUGCGCGCGCACGUACACAGCUGCAGGAGGCCUGUAGUUUGAACAGUGCAUCAUUCAACACAUGCACGAGUCAAGUUACUCUCCGUGGCGUCGUCAAAACACGCGCAUAUUUCUUGUAUCAAUACACACGUCUCGCGGACAAUAACAACCGGGGCUUCAUGCUAUCAACACAACAGAAGCUUCUGCCCGCUGCCCGCACCGUGAACGCGCCUCGACGUUCCGCGCGCACGAGCAGCCCUGUUUGUUUGUGUUGAGAGAUUUGGAAAUGGCGGAGAGCAGAGACCAAAGCGAUAACUUGGGGUUGCAAACGCGAGUGCGCCGUCAUUGAAACGCAAAUACCACCGGCAAGUGAUUCGUGGAGUUGCUCGCGGUUCUUCUCCACCGAUGGGAUACAAGUCGGACGCAGCGACAAACGGGUCCUUUUGCAACACGGUUUGGAUUUAGCGGAGCUGGGUAAGCUAACCGUGCUAGCAGCCUGGCGUCAGCUAGCCCCAAGUAGUGUGUUUGAUUUCAGCUACGCAGGCUUGUUUGUCAACACAAGCUGACGGCAAAUUGAUAGCGAGCCAAGCUAACACGCAACUUUUGCCGGUUGCCAAGUACUUGGAGUUUGUUGCAACAUGAUUGCCACGGCUCACCGCAAAAUAAUGAAUCCAAAAGUAACAUUGGAUUAAAAAAAAAAAUAAAAAAUCAGACAUCUGACGCGAGCAAGCAGUUAGUUAAGCUGGUAAUGCUAAAGUUAGCCAGCUGCAUGGGAAUUAAGCAUCCAGCGUGAGAAUCUGCAGCAGGACCUCGUGGGCCUGGAUCUUUAUUUACAAGCGGACGACAAAACAGCCGGAGGCCAGUAGGCUUCUUCUCCCCGCACCUGAGAUGUUGCCAUGUGAUGGAGCGACCUCGGAGCCAUAAGCCCACCACCACCUCUGCGCCAUCAUCUCCAGUCCAAGCUGUUUGCCCACCGCUGAGAUCUCACCACACCCCCACCCCCCCUUCCUCCCUUUAUCUUUGCUCUGAGCCCUGGACAAGGCCAACCACAUGACUCACCCACUGGAGCCCUAGAUCAAGUCAGUUAAAGCUGAAAAUGAGCGCAGUAGGGGAAAACCCCCUGGACCCUGCCACGCCGGACUCACGCAAGAGGAAGGGCUCACCAUGUGACACAUCGGGGCAAAGUGUGGAGAAGCGGCGACGGGAGCUGGAGUGCCGCUACAUCGAGGAGCUGGCUGAGCUGCUGUCGUCCAACAUGGGCGACAUUGCCAGUCUCAGUUCCAAGCCCGACAAGUGCCACAUCCUCAAGAGUACCGUGGACCAAAUCCAGCAGAUGAAACGGCGCGAGCAGGAGAAAGCAGCUCUUCUGUCUCCAGAUGAUGAGGUGCAGAAGAGCGACAUCUCCUCCAGUAGCCAGGGGCUGGUGGAGAAAGAGGCGCUGGGGCCCAUGCUGCUUGAGGCCCUUGAUGGGUUCUUCUUCGUCGUCAACCGGGAGGGCCGCAUCGUCUUUGUUUCAGAGAACGUGACGAGCUACCUCGGAUACGCCCAGGGCGAGCUGAUGACCUCGAGUGUCUACAGCAUGCUCCACGUGGGAGACCACAAUGAAUUUGUUCGCAAUCUGCUGCCCAAAAGCCUGGUAAACGGCGUGCAGUGGCCACAGGAGCCCGGCCGAAGGAACAGCCACACCUUCAACUGUCGCAUGCUGAAGAGGCCACCGGACGAGUUGGAUUCAGAAAACCCGGAGGCUCGGCAGCAAUAUGAGAUCAUGCAGUGUUACACCGUGUCCCAACUACGGACCAUGCAGGAGGAGGGAGAGGACCUGCAGAGCUGCCUGAUCUGUAUUGCCUGUCGGAUACCUCGCGCCCAGCCUUUCAGCACUGAGUCGUUCAUCACCAAGCAGGACCCCACAGGGAAGAUCAUCUCCAUAGAAACUAGUGCUUUGCGAGCGACGGGCCGGCCUGGCUGGGAGGACCUGGUCAGGAAGUGCAUCUUCGCUUUCUUUCAGACGCAGGGCAAAGAGCCCUCCCACGCCAAGAAGCUGCUGCAUGAGGUGAUGACCCACGGCACCGCCAUCAGCCCGUUGUACCAUUUCACGUUAAGUGAUGGCACCCCGCUCAGCGCUCAGACCCGCUGCAAGUUCUGCUGCCCCCCCAACCCCGACGUUCAGCCCUUCAUUAUGGGCAUUCACACUAUUGACAGGGAACACAACACUGCUAGCUCUCAGGAAAACACUAACCCCAGCCUUCCACCGGCCCUCGGCAGCCUUGCCCAAACUCCCUCCCGCUCCCCUUCCCUUCCUCCCGGCAGCAACUGGACCCAAGGCUCAGGCCUCUCCACCUCGGGCCUUCACCCCAACAACACCAACACCUCCCCCAACGGACAUAUUCCAGCCACACCCACAGGCUACCUGACGCCCAAUCGGACCUGUGGACAGGUCAACAGCCCCUCUCCUUUGAGCAGCCCACUCAUGGCAACCCCUGCCUCUUUUACGUCACCCAGGAUGCCACGAGCCAGUCCUGGGUUAGGCGGAAGCCCUCGGGUACCGGGGAACCCCUUCUCUCCUUCCACACCGGGCCUCCACUCCCCAGCUGGGGAACUAAGUAGUGGAGGCAGCCUCAACAGGCAGCAGUCUGGUGGUGAUGGUAGUAGCGGUGCCAGCGGUGGGUCAACUGGCUCUUUCUCCCUUUCCUCUCCUGUCCUUCAGAGACAAGCCAGUACACCCACUCGGCCUCCAUCUGCCAAACCGCCAGAGGGAGGAGAAGGGGGGGGAGAGAACUCUGUUAAAGCACCUCUUCCUUCUGUCUCACAGCUGGGUAACCCCAGACUCAAUCAGCUCCUGGAAAUCAGUGGGACGGGAGCUGAAUCCAACAACAACAACAGGAUCCACUGCAACUCAUCACCUCAUCCUUCUAACCCUCAACCUGCCCCUCAGUGCCCUGCCUCUCACAGUUCUCUAACUGAACGGCAUAAGAUCCUGCACCGGCUGCUCCAGGACACCAGUCCCCACGAUACCUCCACCACCACUGAGGAAGGACUAAACAAAAACGACGUUGAGAUCAAGAGGGAGUCGCCUGCCAGUCCGGCUCUGACCGCAGCACCUCCCAAGUCCAGCUCCAGGGAGCCACAGGACCACCAACUGCUCCGUUUUCUGCUGGACACAGAUGAAAAGGACUUGGGGGACCUGCCUCCUCCAUCUGCUCUCAGCCUGCAGUCAGUGAGGGUCAAAGUGGAGAAGAGAGCCAGCGUGGAUGGAGUGGUCUGCACUGGGUCCACUGUUGCAGCAGGAGGUGCUUCCAAACCGGCGGGAGUGUGCAGCAGCUCAGCGUGCACCAGCCCCAAAUCAAGCCCCGUCAGAGAGAAGCGCCGAAACACCCGCAGGGACAGCCGAAGGGACAGCCGAGACUCCACGAUGUCUGGUGGCUCUGUUGACAUGGACCCUCUCACCCAGCUGCUGCCUGGCUUGAGAGGCCCAAGUGGGGCCAAACAGAGCAGUGAGGAUUCAACCCCUGGAGGAGGCCCCCAACUCCACUCUCCGGCCUCUCAGCCCCCAGCUCAGCUCCAGUCCCCCUUGCCUCAGCUCCAGUCCCCCCUGCCUCAGCUCCAGUCCCCCCAGUCCCUUCCCCAGUUGCAAUCGCCGUCACCCCAGCUCCACUCCCCUUCUCCCCAGCUCAAACUGCAGUCCCCCACUCAGCUCCAGCCCGGUGAGGCCAGCACUCCCCGCAAUGUAAAUGUGAAGAGAGAGCCUCCCGGCACUCCUAACAGAGGACUCGGUGAUGGCGGCCCAUCCUCCGGUUGCAACUUCCAGAGUCAGUCAGCCUUUGACUUCUGCAGUCCCCCCACUCCAAGCCAGGCACAGAACCAGGGACAGGGAGACCCCUUCCAGACCCCCAAAGACAGCAGCCUCUUCUCAGAGGCAGAAGUUAUCAACCCUUUCAGUUCAAGCACUGGCCUGUCUAAGAUGGAUGUGGGAGACUCUCCGUUCCAGCCUCUGUGUCUGUCUGACAGCUUGUCCUUUAAUGGUCUUGGAUCACCUUUACAAGCUCCCUUGGCAUCGCCACAAGAGCAGUGUGUGCCCUGUACGCUGGAUGAGGUGCUGGGCCCUCCGACCACACCUGAGGGCCGGAACGACGAGAAGGCUCUGUUGGAGCAGCUCGUCUCCUUCCUCAGUGGGACUGAUGAGAGUGAACUGGCUGAGCUGGAUAAGGCCCUGGGUAUCGACAAACUGGUGCAGGGAGGCUGUUUUGACCCAUUGACCCAAAACUUCCCGACCCAGCAAUCCACUGCCACCUCAGGUUCCAUGGACCCUAAACUCCCCGCGUACCCUUCCCAAUUCACACCAGCCCCACCGGCUCAGUUUCCUCCAGAGCUGACCACGGUGGUGGGGCAGCAGGGUCUCGGGUUUGGAGCCCCCCGGAGGGCUUUCCUCGGCGGGACGGCGGGCGUCGGGCUGAGGCCAGGCGUGCCACGACCGCAGGGGAUUGGUGCUCAGCUCAGACUGCCACCCAACCAACUGCGCCUGCAGCUGCAGCAGAGGCUGCAGGGCCCACAGCAGCUCCAGAACAGGAUGGCGGGCAUUAGUCCGUUUCCAGGAGGAGCCCAGCAUGUGAACAUAGGGCUGCGUCAGGUUCAACAGCCUCAAAUGCCCUCACAGCAGCCUCCGCUGAAUGCCCAGAUGCUGGCCCAGCGUCAGAGGGAGCUCUACAGCAUCCAGCAUCGCCAGCGCCAGCUUUUCCAGCAGAAGGUCAUGCUGAUGAGACAGAACAUUGCAGGCGCUCCGACUGGAGUCGUGGGGCCCACCGGAGGAACAGCCAGGCCCCCGAAUGGUCCAUUGCCAACGCCUCAACAACAACAGCAGCAGUUCAACUUCCCACCAGGGUACAACCCUUUGACGGGAAAAUCCCCUACCUCACCCAGUAACUUCAGCCCCAUGACCGGGGGCCCUCUGGACAACAAACUGCCCGGCAGAGUUCCCCUGAAUAACCCGGCGCUGAUUGCCGGCGUGCAGGGCCAGUUCAGCACCACCGUGAACGCCACAUUGCCGCAGGGCCUGUUUCAGCAGUUUGGAGGGUCUGCUAUCUCCCAGCAAGACCCACCUUACCCCCCUGAGAUGAGCCCGACCAGCCCGCUGUUGUCGCCUCAAAACCCCACCUCCCAGAGUCCUUUGCUUCAACAAGCCCCACCCCCUGGCUACCAGUCACCAGAAAUGAAGAGCUGGCAACAGACAGGCAUGGGGAGCAACAGCCUGUUCAGUCUGUCAGGACAGAGUGCGGUGCAGGCUUUUGGCCAGCAGGGGGUUUACAACAACAUGAGCAUCACCGUCUCCUUGGCCGGGGGCUCGGGUGGUGUCGGCCCGUUGUCUCCCAUGGGGCAGCCGGUUGGCAUGAGCAACAGUAACCUCAGCAACGUCGGCUCGGUGUGCAGCGACCAGCAGGUGCAGCAGGUUCAGGUGUUCGCGGACGUCCAGUGCACGGUGAACCUGGUUGGCGGCGACUCCUACCUGAACCCGGGCCCCAUCGGAGCGGCGGCCUCCCAGAAGGGCCCCGGCGUGCCGCAGGGCUCCCAGAACAACCAGGCCCAGCAGAAGAGCCUCCUCCAGCAGCUGCUCACCGAGUGACGACCCUCGACCCCCUUCAGCUCUCCUGUACUCCCUCUACUUCUCACUUCUACGCCCCCUCUUUGGAGGCCGGUGCACCGGACCCCAUUGCUGUCUCUGUCUCACCUUUUUGGAUGGAUGGAUGGAUGUUUGGACGACCACGCGAGUAGGGCGCUCGGAGCAGUUUGGCUGUUGGUGGAGUUUUGCAGCCGAACCGCUUGUUUCGCGCAGGGUGAUUCGGGGCUGGUUGUUUUACCGCCCAGUACUUAAAAGAAAAGAAAAAACCUCGAGUCAGAAGGAGCAGCAGUGUAUUUAAACCUGCCUGUCUAAUCUGUCUGACAACCUGUCUGUCUGCCUCAGCCUAUUUAAAGGCAGUGUUGUCUUGCUGCUCAUUCCUUGGUGACCUACUUCCUGACCCAAGAAAACAACUGCGACAUCAUUGUAGAUUUGCCAAGUUGUCGUCACUGUCAAAUCAGGACCGGCCUCCUUUUUUUGUUUGUUUGUUGUCCUCUGAUGGGACGGUUUCUGUCAGGCCGUCGUCGCAGCAGCAGCAGUGCAUCUUGGGAGCAUGAGUCGCAGCAUACAGCUGAGCUCAUCAUUUUAAGUGUGGGGGUAUCCCACACAGCAGCACCUCUGGCUUUUUUUAAAAAAAAGUCUUUGUUUGUUUGUUUUGUUGUUUUCCUCUACCUGUCUCUCAGCGAUGUGGGAAUGUUAAGGUUUCAGACCUCUGUUGCAUUGUGGGAUAGAAGCUCAGUAUCAGCUGGUUCUGUGACUGUCUCUCUCUAUCAGCCACGAUGCCUGGUGGAAGUUUGAGUUUUUCCCAAGCUCUGCUUCUUCUACAUAUUAUUCUAUUAACGUCUUCUGUUUUAUUUUUUGGUUGAAUUGUUUUGUUUAAAAUCUUCUGCUCUCACCGUCGUCAUCAUCAUCUUCUUCUUCACGAUCUUCAGAACAAGCUUUGACAACAGCCAGAAUGGAUGGAUUGAUGGAUGGAUGGAUGGAAGACAGACGGGAUGCUGCUCAGUUUGGAACUUACGUGUCUUUCUCCCCCCGGGAGGAGGUUUUAUUAUUAUUUUUUAUCAAAGUAUAUUAAAAAAAAAGAGACUGUUAUGAUUA